UUACCUGCCCACUGAUCAAGAUGAAUAACUCACUGAUGGCCUCUGCACCUUUUGUAGCCUUACCACAAAAUGACAGCUUCUCUAUAAUGACCAAUGUGACCUUCACUUGUGUCAAAGGUCAUGAACUCAAUGGCACCAAUAGCACAGCUGUCACAAGCAGGUGUAUGAACUUUGAACUUUGGCUGCCAGACAUCACCCAGAUUCUUUGUUCAAAAGUCAGCUGUGGAUCUGUCCCUGUUGUGACCAAUGCUCAGAUAAUACCUAAUGAGACCAACACAACUCUGUAUGGAGACACAGUGCGCUACCAAGAGACCAACACAACUCUGUAUGGAGACACAGUGCGCUACCAAGAGACCAACACAACUCUGUAUGGAGACACAGUGCGCUACCGCUGUACUAACAUAGCCUACAACUUUAACGGCACCAUGGAGGUAUGGAACAUGACAUGUAAUGAGAUGAAGCGAUGGCAGCCACCUGCUCCAGCUUGUCAGCCCAUAAAGUGCUAUGACACGCCAGUGGUGACCAAUGCAGUGUCCAACGGGAGUGCCAGUUUUUACACGUACAGCACAGUGGUAACUUUUACUUGCCAGGAAGGAUGUUUCUUCCCCUCUGACAACUCAACGGUCAAGUCAACUCAGUGCAAUCUUAAUGGCAGCUGGAGUUACGUGGAACCUAUGUGUGAAAGGUUCUUCUGUGCCGUCAACCCUCCACCAAUAGCCCAGUCGACCAUCAUCAAAACCACAGACAGCACACACGCCGUGUACAAGUGUGAUGAGGGAACAGAGUUCUCAGACCUGAUGAAAGAAAAGGAAACGAGCUGCAACAAUGUCACGCUGCUGUGGACCCAAGUCCUUGACGUGUGUCGCAGGUUAAGUGGGGCUGAAACCAAUAUUUGGCUCUCUCUGACAAACACCAGUUUUGUUGAGUCACCAUUCAAGGGGUGCUACUCCUACACAUUAAUAGAGUGCUCUGUUCUUUGCAUGAACACACCAGGCUGUUCCAUCAUUAAUUAUAGUGACAACAAAAGCAAUCCACUGAACUGUAAGCUCUACACAGGAAAGGUAAACAGUCUAACUCCACUGCACAGUUCUAACUGGAAUGUUUACCUUGUGGGACAGAUGCUUUUAAACUAACAGUGAAGGUAGAUGUAAGUAGUGUUGAAAAUUAAAAUAUAAAGUUAAAUAGGUGACUAGAAUAUAUUGUUAUUAUUUUAAAAUAUAGUUCAUGUGAAGAUUUAAAAUUCUGAAAUUGUGCAAGUAAAAUUCUGGUGUUGGGAGCUUGUACAAAUGUUUUCUGUGCAUUUGCUGCAGCAUCUUGUGGACAUUUUGUGGGAGGUGUCACAGGUUCUACAGUUCACUGAGUGAAGAAAUGACUGAAUUCACUGAGUGAAGAAAUGACUGAAUUCAUUGAGUAAAGAAAUGAUUAAGUUAAAUGACUGAAAAUGACUAUGUUGACUGAGUGAAGAAUUGACUAAGUUCACUGUGUAAAGAAAUUACUACAUUCACUGAGUAAAGUAAUGACUAAGUUAAAUGACUGAAAAGGACAAAGUUCACUGAGCAGAGAGAGAACCAAAUUUUAGCUUUGAGAAAAAAUAUCUGUAGUUUUCAAAAAACUAAAUAGCGACUCUAAAAUUUGACAGUAAGAUUUCUACCAUGGCAAAACUGCUGGUAUUUAUAAACAUGAAUUGUACUGCAUGCUUUGACCACCAUAGACACACAACACUAUUUUACCUUUGUGUACAGAAGAUCUAUCUAGAUGACUAGGCAGAAUUGGCCUACGAGAUCAAUUUGUAUUUGAUUGUUACUUGCUGAUGUAAUCAUUGUUGGAGCUUUAUCUAAUGUUUGUAUAUAUAUAUCAACUUUGUCUUCUCUUAGAUGUAUUUAGAUGUUU